AUGAAGUUGCUUGGCAAUGUCCGGAAUUUUGGAAAACUCAUUGAUCAAAAUAUAGUUGGAUUCAGUACUCAGAUAUCUGCACCAGAACCUAAAACAACAAGUCUUAGUGCCUCUUUUAAGAAAGGUGGUGGUGGUCGUGCUUCAUUUUCAGGAAAUGUAGUUACAGUUUUUGGUGCAACUGGAAAAAUUGGAAGUGCUGUUAUUAAUGAACUUGCAAAAAAAGGAAAUCAAAUAGUUAUACCAUAUCGUUGUGAUCCUUAUUGGGUAAGAGAACUUAAAGUUGUUGGAGAUUUAGGACAAGUACUUUUUGUUCCUUUUGAUCUUAAAGAUGAAAAAUCUAUUGCUGAUGCUGUAAAAUAUAGCAAUGUAGUUGUCAAUUUAAUUGGAUCACGCAUUGAAACUAAAGCGUUUAACUUUUUUGAAACACAUGAACAUGGAGCAAGAAGAAUUGCAAAAAUUUGCCGCGAAAGUGGUGUUGAAAAAUUGAUACAUAUAUCAGCAUUAAAUUCUUCCGUCAAUCCAGAAGGUCAUCUUAUCUCUGGAGGUUCUAACUUCCUUCGUAGUAAAGCUCAUGGAGAAAUUGCCGUUAGAGAAGAAUUUCCAAAUGCCACAAUAAUUAAACCUGCUGUCAUGUUUGGUGAAGUUGAUUCAUUUAUUAGAAUUUAUGUUUCAAGAUUCCGCAAAACAUUCUUUGAUAAUGUAUAUUUGUACAAAGCUGGAGAACAUACAUAUAAAAUGCCAGUCUAUCAAAAUGAUGUUGCUAAAGGAAUAAGACUUGCUGUGAUGGAUCCAACUGUUCAUGGUAAAACUUUUGAAUUUGUUGGACCACACUGCUAUAAAUUAUCUGAAUUGAUUGAUUAUAUGUAUAAGAAAGCACAUUGUCUUAAAAAAUUCAGUUUUAAUUACAAAAGACAUGGUUAUCCUGAUCCAGUUUUCAUUUCAUACCUUCUUGCAAGUCAAAUUUGGAGUAAAAUCUUUAAAAGUGAUGUUCCACUAAAUAAAGAAUGGAUGGAAGUUGUUGAAGGAACAAGUGAUGUUCUUACUGGAGCUCUUACUUUAAAAGAUCUUGGUCUUCAUAGAUUAACAGAAUUUGAGUACAUUGGAGGAAUGUUGGCAGCAAGAUAUUCAUUCUUUAACUAUUAUGAACAAGAAUAUAACGAACUUCCUGAUCCACCACUUCCAUUACGUUCACCACCAAUUGUCAAGGAAAAAUUAGAUGUUUCUAACAUCGUUACAUCAACUAGUAAUUUCAAUGUUUAUGCUUAA